UAUUCGGCAACCCAACGCACGGCUUCUUUCCUCCAACCACACCCGCCAGUCUACCCUAACCUCCAACAAAAUGCCAACAACUCUACAACAAUGCAAGCGUCCUCGACCCGCAACACGCUUCCUCCAAUUAGCAUCCCUCCUCCCCAACCAGCGUCUCUUCAAUCGCAAGCAACACUCCCUCAAUCCUCUCCAGAUUCCUCUUCAAAGACCACCCGCUCUCGUUGGACUCCCGAAGAAGACAACUUGCUUCGUCUGACUGUAACAAUCUUUGGCGAUCGUCCUGAAUGCUGGGCCAAAAUUGCUGCCUUUAUACCCGAGCGUAGUAACAAAGACUGUCGCAAACGUUGGUUUCACUCGCUAGAUCCAACACUUCGCAAGGGUCCUUGGACUACCGAAGAAGACGAAAUUCUUCGUAAAAACGUCGAGCGAUAUCCCAACUCUUGGAGCAAAAUCGCCAAAAGCAUUCCAGGCAGGACCGACGAUCAAUGCGCAAAGAGGUGGAGAGAGAGCUUGGAUCCGAUGAUUGAUCGACGCGAAUGGUCUUCAGAAGAAGAUAAAUUACUAAUAGAAAAGUAUGAACUUUUUGGUGGCCAAUGGCAAGAAAUAAGCAAGUACUUUCCUGGUAGACCGGGACUACAUUGUCGAAAUAGAUGGAGAAAGUUACAGAGAAGGUUGGUGCGACAGCAAAUAAGAGUCAAGAAUUUUAAAGGUGUCAACAUAAACAGGAAGGGAUCCAAGAAUUCUGAAGAGAAUGAUAUAAACGAUGAAGAUACCGGCGUACAGUCAUCUUCUUCAUCAACUAUCUCCACGUCCAUUAUCGAUAGCACCGCUCUCACUCCUUCACCCACGACUGCUACCACCACCGGCAAUCUCACUCCAAUCAUUUCUCCACAACUUUCUUCACUUCAUCAGCAUUUUGCUCCCCACACUUCAUCUCUUCCUUCUCCUUCUUCUCUUCCUCCGUCUCAACCUUUGCCACCAAUAACAAUCGACGUUGACAUGCAAAUGCAAUUGAGUUUACUCGGUGUUCAAAUUUCGAUUUCGGAAAACGAUCAGUUAGACCAAUCAGCAUCCGCUGCGAUGAACAUUGAUCGAGAGGAAGAAAGAGGGGGAGUAAAUCAGGAAGAGCAAGACAGGCAACGCAGACAAAUAUCUCAACAAGCACGGCAACAAAAUCAAAUACAACACCACGACCACAUUGACAAUCACCCUCAUAUUAAUAACCAGCUUUCUCGACCUCCCCAACAAGCCUCGGCCUCAAGGAAUCUUAGCAUAGCGGCGUUAAUAUCUCCAGCAAAUGAUCUUGGGUUCGUAAUUAGAGACCCGUUGCAUGACUCGCUAAAUCAGACUGAAGUUAUUGGCGAAGACGGUGGGUCAGAGAGUACGGGAAGUGAUGCAUGGAGGAUGGGUGGGGUCGUAGAUAGAGGUCCGGACUUGAAUAGCAAUGCAGAAUUAAGAAACGCAAGCGCGUAUGGACAGGAGGCACAAAUGGAAGCAAUCACUCACGUCCCAUCCACAACGGUUCGUCAAUUUCCAAUAGUCUCACUACAAUCCAUAUCAAAUUACCUUGCUAGUAACCCGAAUGCUCAUCGAGCAGGCAUUCACGCGAGUAUUCAAACGAGUCAGUCUGCCAUGGUUUCUGGAACUGCUAGAGACAUUAUUCCUAAUAAUGAAGCCAUCCGCAAAAGUAGUAGCGAAAGAUCGACAAUACAGUCAGUUAGGAACCUGAUUGAUCAUAAUUUGACAUUCCAGGAAGACACAGGUUUAGUAGCGGUUGAUGGGUCUACAGAAAUGUCAACCGACGUAACAUCAACGGCAAAGUCAAAAAAUUCAGAGCAUUGUGGCAAAUUGCGAAAAAAUAAAAAUGUAUCGGAUGAAGUGAGUGUGGACGAAGAGGGUGGAAAAGGGGGAAAUAUGGAAGAAGAUGAGGAAAGGCCUUAUAAGUACGGCGAAAGUAAUCCGGAUAGUAAUCUUGAUCGGAAUACUGCUAGUAAUGGUAACAAAGUUUCUAAAAUAUCUUAUCCAACUACGCUUACAACCAUUGCAACAUCUUCGCCCACCAUACCUUCAAGCUCACGGCGCUCUCUGACGACAAUAUCAUUGUACGAUAUAAUCCAACAAGACCUUCCUCCUACUCCUCAUGAUGCUACUACCAUUAUUGCUCAACAUUCCAAUUCACAUUCUAAUCAUGCUCACAACGGUCAUUCAAUAUUCUCUCUUUACAGUUGCGAUGUAAAUGGGUGUGGUGGGAGAUUUAACAAUCGGAGCGAGCUAUGUAAUCAUACUCGCCAUGUACAUCCACAUUUAGAUGUUAUUUUGAAUAAUAGUAUUAAUGCAGCAUUGACGUCUGGGGAAAAUGUGAUGGGUGAUGGUUUUUGGAAGUGUAGUUAA